GUGCUUAACGUCAUCGAAGACAUGCAGAAGCAAAGCGACAUCAAAGAGCGUACAUCGUGUGAAAAUGCUCCCUUAUUUAUAGCAUAAAUACGCGUUAUCCGAAAGAAAACAUAACAACUUGGAGGUUUAUUCCAGUAACUAGUUGGCCAGGAAACCAAAUGUGGGGCUGUCAUUGUGAAAAUGCCGCGGCAUAAUAGUGGAGAGAUGCCCCUUCCUCCUGGUUGGGAAGAGGCGAAGGAUGUUGAUGGAAAAACAUAUUAUGUUGACCAUCAAAACCAUACCACAACUUGGGUUGAUCCUAGAGACAGGCUAACAAAGCCAUUGACAUUUGCUGACUGUAUUGGUGAUGAGUUACCUCUUGGAUGGGAAGAAGCUGAAGACCCUAUUCUUGGGAGAUAUUAUAUUGAUCAUAAUACCAAUCUCAAUCAAUUUGAAGACCCAAGAAUAGUGUGGAGAAAAGAACAAGAAAACAUGAUACGAGAAUAUGUCAAUAGAGGAAAAGAUGACUUACAUGCAAGACAGGACAUUCUAGGGGUCAAAGAAAGAAGGCUGCAUCUAGCUCAGGAGGAGGUCGACCUUUUAACACACAAGCUAAGCAAGUGGGACAAAUACAAGAAGCAGGCCACAAGCACAUGGAGUGUUACAACAACAACAUCAACAUCUAGUGUAGAUAGGUAUGACCCAGAGCAAUUGAAAGAAGAUAUAAAUAAAGCAAAACAACGGGUAAAUAUGUUGAGACAGGAGCUUCAACAUGUGUCUGAAGAAGUGAGUUUGCAGCAACAAGGAAUUCGAAAACUGGAAGAGAUCGAUCAUCAGGUGCAUCGUUUUGGUACUCACCCUGGAGAUGAUAAUCAGCUGAUAGCUGAGAAAAUCUCAGCUGUUAGGCACCAGCUUGAAGUGGGAGAACGAGAGAGACAGGAGCUCUUGAAUAAGCUUCUGGGAAUGAAGAAUAACUUCAAUUUUCCUGAAUUGCCAGAGAGUCAGUUAGGAUCUAUGACAAGCCUCGCGUCAAGCAGCGGACCCCCAAGCCAAGCAGGAUCGAUGAUCGACCUGUCUACAUAUGGCGAAGGCCGCCAAGCACGCAAGCUAAUCCGCCGAGAUCAUCUUACUGCUUUGCAGCGAAUCACAGAAAUUGAAGGCGCUAUUGAGCAAAUUAACCAUUUCAUCGCUUCGACAAAGUAUGGACCGGAUCACCAAAGAUACGCCCUGUUAAAGGAGAAGGAGAAGCUCCUCUUAGAGCUGCAGCGGUUUGAAUUGUAUGUCAGGACCGAGGAAGAAAGAAUACAGUUAGAAGUUGAGCGAGAAAAACUCUUGUUAGAACUUGAAUCAGCGAGAGAGUAUUCAUCAAAAGUUAUGAAGGAUCGUCAGCAACUCGAAAGAGAACGAAAGCGACUUCAACACAUGCUGCAUGAGAAAACGAGAUUAACUAACAUGUUGGAAACUAAGCUAAAAAGUCUGUCGACAAGCACUCUUUCGAUGUCAUCUACCUCGAGUCACGGGUCAAUGUCAACAGGAAGCAGGUACUCUCUGUCAGCGUCAAGUAGAGGCUCUCUCAACUCCCUCAGUCAUUCGGCCAGUAAUCCAGACGGCCUUCAUCUUUCGAGCAGUAAUGAAUAUUUCCCGUCGACUUAUCACACAGUCUCAAAUCAAUGCCCACCGAUAUACGAGACUACAAAGCUAGAGUCCACCGGUUCAGGCGCCAAUACGUUAACAAACAACAGCCAAUCAAAGGGCUCAUCGUCUUCUAAAGAUUCCGUUUCCCUGUAUUCAAUAUCCCCUCCUAUUUCGCCUCUACAUUGUGACAAAGAUAGUUUGCAAUGGAACAAAAUUCCCACGGGAUCAUUGUAUCAAAAUAUGCAGUCACGUGGUGAACACGGCCAGUACAAUGACACGAAUCCCAUAGAUAGAAUUCAGAUGGACGCUCUUGUUAACAGAAUAGGAAGACUCACAAUGAACAUCCAAUCUCCUGAUAUGAUUGCUGCGUCGAACUACAUGUCUUACAGAGGGCUGGUAACGAAUGGAAGUGAACAGCGACCCGACAUGAAGAGCCAAGUGUAUGCAACCAUGUCUGAUGAAUCCGUUGCUGCGGAUAGCGGGGUGUUCGAAGCUCACCAUAAAGAAAUUUGUAGGACAUAUAGUGGCAAUUCUGUCGGAUCUCUAUGGUAUUCGGAUAAUGACCAAUUUGAUGCAGCUCAAGUAAAAAUGGCAUUGGAGUAUCAGCUGGAGCAGAGUAAACUAGUGAUUUCGAUAGAGAAAGGCAAAAACAUAAACCAUCUCUCAUUCAGCCACAUCACUGAAGUGUUCAUCAAAGGGACACUUCUGCCUUACGAUGCCGUUGAAACCGCGUGCUUCGCAACUCGUCGCUCCAGUGAUGUCAGCCAACCAGUAUUUAACGACCAAUUCAUACUGAAAAUUCCCAGAACGGAAGUGCUGAACAAAACUCUUGAACUUAGGUUAUGUGCAGUGAUUGAUGAAAGCAGUACUGAGUAUUUGGGUGCCGUGCGUGUUCAUCUAGCAAAUGCCAAAAAUGGCGCAGGCUUCAAGUGGUACACAUUCCUCAGUAACAGACUGAUCAAGGUAAAGAACGGGGUGAUGCUGCCAAUGUCGGUUUCUCUUGAGAAUAUGAAGCGAGCGACGGAUCAGCAAACAUCUGUUGAUGCGGAGGUGGAUUCUACACGACUGCGCUCGAGUUCAUGGGGUGGUGGUGGCAUUGAAAUGUUACACACCAGAAAUGUAUGCUCUGAAGCAAGGACCAGUCACACACACGCAACCAGUUCAGGGGACAAAAAGGAGCAAAGCAGUUGUGGUGAGAUUUUGCCGGAUGGAAGUAACCAGGCCUCAGAAUCAUUUGGAAGAUCCUUAUCUCAAGAAGAAGUUAUUUCAAAUAGAGCAAACGGUGUGGGGAUAAACAGUCGAAAUAGUUUGCUGCGUAGCUCAUCUGAUUGCACGGGAACGAGGCGUCUGGUACAUCCACAACCGCUUAUGUCUCGUUAUAAUUUUGAGAGGAGGAGCAUACGACGAUCAAAGAGACUGGCAGAAAAGCAAGCGCAAGCGAUUCAACGACGACCUCGAAUGCCAACACAUUAUGACCUCGAGAUGGAAUUACAGGCGGCUUAUUUGAAACAGGCCCAGCUAACGGAAGAAAUUAAUAGACUGAAAGACAUCAGGCAAGUCAUGGAGGAUACGAAAAUAGAUGGCAGGAGAAAUUUACCAGAAUGGGUUGGCGAAAAUAAACAGUUUAGAAAGCUUAUGGAGACGGCAGAACACGAAGGACGCAGCAGUCGAGGGGAAGUGUUUCCUUCCCAAAGGAAAUUCACUGCAUUGAUGAAAACAGACCCUAGCAAAGCUGAGAAACUGGACUUCAGGGAACGUGUGUCCUUCUUCACGAGCCCCAAGGUCAACGUGCCAGCCAACCCAGAGGUUCACUGGGUUUAAAUCGAAGAGUGCCAUGCCCACGACAAAGCAAAAAAAGGUGAGAACCCCCACGUUUCAGCUACGGAAAGUUGUGGCUGCCUCGACAAGCUGCAGGUUACUUCCUGAAGAAGCCGAUCCUGCGGUAAGGGUUAUCUUUGGUUAGAGUUUCCACGAGCUCCGGUCUACUCCUGUCUUUGAUACCCUUGGAAAUGAAUGCCUCCAACAAUCAAACUUUGACAACAUGUUCUUGGAUAUUCUAAGCCAUAGUGUGAAAAUGAGGCAGAAUUGGAAACGAGUCUUUGGGCACAAGCUCAAAAUUCAACUCUCUACUGUUAUACAGUUCAAGAAAUUAAUUGCCUGUUAUUCAAACAAGUGCUUUAUGAUACCAAAAAUAAUCACGCUGAAGACCGAAGACUGAAAAUCGAUGCUGAGGACAAACUUUCUAUGUUCAAUAACUUGACGAAAUUUAUAAUUUAACCCCUUUUGUAAAUUCGAAUCCGACACCAUACAUCAGAAGGGGUUGCUUCUAGAAUUUGCACAUAUCCAUUACAAGGCCAAGCCAAUCCAAACCAUGCCAAUCCAAAUAAAGUGAUAUGUUGGUUACUUGCCCUAAGAAAAAAUCACCUUCACCCAGUAAAUAUAAUAUUGGGUCAAACAGUUUUUGUAUGAAACACGGUGCGGAGUUUUUGUAUGGCAUAUGAUAAGCUAAUAAAAUAUUUAAAUUUGAUACUAAAAAUGCAUCACUGAGCUCUAAUAACAAUCAUCAUUCCAUUUCGAAAAAUUUCUGUUUUAUUCUGUUCUUAGCUUAUCAUACGCCAUAGUAAUCGAAGUAAUUCUCUCCCCUCCCCCCCUGAAUGCUCGCACACCCUUUAAUCCUUCUGUAAUUAGUUUGGUCUAAAGCUUAUCAAAGGUUUGUAGCCAGCGAAAAACAUCUGGAUCGGCAUUUGCGAUGUAAGCUGUUGCUUGAACUCCACACCUCAAAUUUCUGUUUAGAGUCGAUGCUGCAAUAUUCACAACCCCUUCUGGUGAAUGACGUCAUCCUAAGCACAUGAUCCGAGACGAGAUUGCAAGUUGAUAAUAAGAUGUAGAUAAUUAAUUGUAAAGAAAAACCGAAAUUGGAUUGCGAAUGAUAAUUAAAAAACGUAUUUGGCCAUUUGAUGGAGAAUCUGCAGAACUGUUAUUAUUUUAAGCAGUAGUAAUGUUUUAUGCAGAUGCAAGUCGUGUCUAGGAUAUCGGGCUUUUCACCGUUUACAAGUAGAUAAAAGUAUUUUUAGCGUUUUGUUUUAUCAUUUUUAUUAUUAGUUUGUAUAUUCUAUAGCAAAAUAUUAUCCUACGAUCUCAUAGAUAUAUUUUCACAGUCGCUUCAGUAGUUUUCUACUUAAUGUCCGAUUAUCAAACCUUUCUGUAGAUGUCAAAUUGUGAUGUCAGUUGUUGAACGUGUGUGACUUUUUAUGCCGGUCAGAUUUCUCCAGCCAGCAUUCCAAGCUUUCAUAGAUAAUUUUUAUUUAUCAUGAAUAUGAUUUUUGGCCGAUAUUCUUAGUAGCUGGACUGUAAAUAUUUACUACCUGAAAAUUUUUAGAUAAAUUUGUUAUAUUUGUGUAACAUUUGCAUAUUGUUGACCAGCCUAACGAAUUUUUUUCAUUGUUACUAUGCGCCAUUCUUAACAAUUAAGCCGGAUGUCAAUUAACCCAGCGAGACCCCAUUACUAAAUCUGAUAGUGUACUGUUUGAAUCACUGCAUACUGUUUGGAUUAAUAAUAUAUCUUAAUGGAAAAGGACAAGUUUAACUUUGCGUAAUUGUCUGUCAUUCCUGCAUUGUAAAGCGCUAAACGCUGUCCGUCCUGAACUAGCAAUUGCCCUAGAGAAAAGGAAGGCUUUGUACUUUGUUACCGUGAAGUCUUUUCGUCUCCAGUGCCCCCAUCCGAUUUGUAGAUGUAAAAGACAAGCAACUACUAACAAGUAUUUAACAGUUACCAUUUAUGGCAUUAUACUGAAAUCUGAGCGGCAUGUUCAUGUCAAUUGUCAAACGACGCUUCGAAAAUUGUUGUUUUUGGUGUUUUUGUGUCUUAUUUUUGGUACGCGUAUUUAUUCAUAACAUUGAAUUGGCUGUAAA